UUAUUAAAGUCUCGCAUGAACUUCUCUCCCUUUCACCUUUCAGUUACAGAGAGCAUCACUCAUGGAACCAUUUGUUUGGUACUGCAAGCCUGAAUCAAACAGUGUUUGGGCCAAAGCAGUUGAUAGCGCCUUUGGUUCCUAUACGCCAUGUUCAAUCAAUACUCUUGUAAUUUCAACCUCCAAUUUCGUUCUUAUGGGACUUUGCUUCUAUAGAAUUUGGCUUAUUGCUACAAACACAAAGGCUCAGAGGUUUUCCUUGCGUUCUAAUUGGUAUAAUUAUGUUCUCGCAUUGUUGGCUUCUUAUUGUGCUAUUCAGCCUCUGUUGAGAUUGUUGACUGGAAUUUCAGCAUUUAACUUGAAUGGUGAAACUGGAUUUGCUCCUUUUGAGGUAAUGGCCUUGAUAGUUGAAGCGCUUACAUGGUGUUCGAUGAUAGUUCUCAUUCUAUUGGAAACCAAGGUUUAUAUCCGGCAAUUUAGAUGGGUGGUGCGGUUUGGAGUUAUCUAUGUUUUGGUUGGAGAUGUUGUAUUGCUUAACCUUCUUCUGUCAGUGAAAGAUUACUGCAGUAGAUCUGCCCUGUUUCUGUACCUUAGUACUUUUAUCUCCCAGGUCUUGUUUGGUACAUUGCUUUUUGUUUACGUACCUAAUUUGGUUCCGUAUGAUGGCCAUAUAACAACGCAAGACGAGCUUCCUGACAAUGCUGAGUAUGAACUACUUUGUGGAGAGGAACAAGUUUUCCCUGAGAUGCAUGCUAAUAUAUUCUCUAGAUUAUGUUUUGGAUGGGUAACUCCACUCAUGCGGCAAGGUUACAGAAAACCCAUCAAAGAAAAGGAUGUUUGGAAGCUAGACAAGUGUGAUCAGACAGAGACAUUAACAGAAAAGUUUCAAAAGUGUUGGAUGUUAGAAUUUCAAAGCUCUAACCCGUGGCUUUUAAGAUCUUUGAACAACAGCUUAGGGAAGAGGUUUUGGUGGGGAGGCAUCUAUAAGGUGAACAUUUUGAUCCCCGGUUUUGACCUUUAACUUAAACAGCUUCAAAUAAAUACGUAAACAUUUCCACAUUACAAGUGACAUCUGAAUGCAGGUGGAGCAAUUCAACCUUCUCACUAAUUUAAACUGGAAUAAGAUUAUUGAAAUUGAUGUGUCAAAGUUAAUUAAGCAUGAGGUGAUAAUCUUUCCAAAUAAACAAAGACAAGUACUAAAAUACCAACUUUCAAAACGAUUAAGCAAUAAACUUAUAUGUGAAGGCCUCAAUGUGGUAUUAAAUGUCUCGCACACCCCUCACACCUGGGCUUGAGGAUAAUGCAAAAGUCAAUUUUAUUGGUUCUUUGCAACCAGUAAUCUCAUUAGGCUUACCUUACUGUGUGCAAAUUGCUUCAUAUAUGAAAUUAUAUUAUGCAUGGAAUAUGCAAAAUAUUGUAUUAUGCAAGUUAACUAUGUGAUAUGU